UAGAAGGUGUGUUAGGGCGGCUGCUAGCCACAGCUUACCGGUGUGCGGGGCACCUCUAACAGGACCGCAUCAUGUCUGUGCUUCUUCAGCACCAGUUCAAGCCGCUUCCUGCUGAUAAACAAAUCGACACCUGCUGCUUCCUGGAUUCUGUUUCCCAUCUGCCCGCUUUCUUCGACUGCCUCGGAUCUGCAAUAUUUUCUCCAAUCAAGGCGGAUAUUACAGGAAAUAUAUCGAAAAUCCGUUCAGUCUAUGAAUCGAACCCUUCCAAGUUCAAGACCCUGCAAAUGAUUCUGGAAGGAGAGAAGGAAUUGCAUGGGCCGCAGUGGCCAAAAGUUGGAGCAACAUUAGCGCUGAUGUGGUUAAAAAGGGGCCUAAAGUUUAUUCAGGUUAUGCUACAGAGUAUUGCUGAUGGAGAAAGAGAUGAUCAAAACCCCAAUCUCAUCAAGGUGAACAUAACCAAGGCCUAUGAGAUAGCGCUCAAAAAAUACCAUGGCUGGUUUGUACAGAAGAUUUUCCAGACUGCGCUGAUUGCGGCUCCAUACAAAGAUGACUUUCUUAAGGCCCUCUCCAAAGGACAGACUGUGAAGGAAGAGGAGUGCAUAGAGAAGAUACGACAGUUCCUGGUGAAUUACACUACAACCAUAGAAGCAAUCUAUAUCAUGUAUAACAAGAUGAAUGCAGAGCUGGAUUACAAAGCCUAGCUAGCCCUACCAAAGACUCCUAACUACACACUGUUUCUGGACACAGCUCAGGAGAUGAUGUUUUUAAAAGGAAUGUUUCCAUUGGAUGGGUGCAAGCUGCAGAACCAAAGUAAACUAAUGACAGUUAUCUUUUUCAGCAGGGUAAAUGGUGACAUUUGGUGAAAGCAGGCCAUUAGGCAUAAUUUAAGCAUGUCUCUUCUAGGCUUUUUUGGAAAAGAUGGCAUUUAAGAAAAGAACAUGGCACACGCCUUUUAGAUAAAGCAUUGAUUCAAUAUGUCGCAAAACCAUUAUACAAACGUGAAGCACUAACUACUGGACUACACCAGAAAGGAAUUACAAUUUAGAUGCUGCAAGGGAUAAAAUGAAAGUUGCUUUCCCCUUCCUACCACCGCACAUCAUCUCUAUGAUACAAGCACAGAAUAAAUGUGACUGGAACUAUACUAAUCACUGUCAUUAGAUCACUUUGGUACUUCUAGUUUACACCGUUGUGUGAUCUUGGGUCACCAGAGUAGCACUGCUGAUUGAUAACAAUGGGACUAAAUACAAACACAUUAUUUAACCUCUAACUUUAUAACAGUAUAGAUUGGAACUUAAAUGAAUUUUGCAUCCUUAGAUCCUUGUACAGCCUGUCUCUUUCGGCUGCAAGGGGUAUUAAGAUACUUUUCUAUUAGAGAUAAUGAAAUAACAGGGUAUUUGUCAAUACAUACUUGGUUUGACAUUUAUUUAUUUUCAAACAUUGCUUGGUGUGGUCUUUUGUCUAACUAUUGCUUUUACCAACAGAUAAGUACUUAAUAACAAACUAUAGCUAAAAAGCAACAUGCUCCUUAAGAAGAUUUUGCUGCACUCACAAUUGUGCAUGUAUAGUAUGUGUAUAUGAUAUGGUAUUACUCACUCAGUCUAUGACCAAUAAGGCGGAUACUGUGAAGGGUCUCCCAGGGUGUUACUACCUUAAAAGAGUAUUUAUCUUUCAGAAAUAAAAUAACCCAAAAACCAUGCACCAAAGCACCCCAAACCUCCCCCAUUGUCAUUGCUUUUAAAAUGAAUCUUGUGAAAUGUUUGCACCAUCAUACAGCUACUUGCAAGUGGCACAUAAUGAUGUAUUGUGCUUGUGCCUUUUGUAAAUUUGGCUCAGGCUUUGGUGAGCUUUCCUGGCUCUUCUUGGUUUUAGCCAAGUCAAACUCCAGUGACUUGUUUGGGCCAGGUAAAGAGGGUAAAUAUCACUAUCAGGGAUAUAUUUCAUUUACUUAACUGUAUACCCUUAAACAUCUUUGCUUAAAAUAAGCAUAAUAAACAGGACUUGUGUUGAAAA